UCAAAAUGAAUUAACAUCAUCAUCACCAUCAGCAGGCAAUACUGAAACUGAUCCAAAUGAUUAUAUUAUAGAUUUUGAUAAUAUUUUAGAUGAAGAACCAAAAUUUGGAUCACAUUUCAAUCAUAAAUUGAAAAAUAUUCAUGAAGAUUUAAUAGAAAUUUAUAGAAAUGCAAAUUAUUG